UCCUUGACCCGACACGGAAAUUGUCCCAUGUGAGGACUCGUCGAAACGGACGCGCGUUUUCUGAAUGUUGGAUUUUUAGAUUUUUCUGCCUGUCAGUAUGUGCUCGCUGGGUUUGUUUCCGGCUCCACUGCCUCAUGGUGAACUUACACUGUACGAGUUUAAUAAUGAGAUGGUACCAGGCAUGGUUUAUGAAAGUCCACCCUCAGCCUUUCGUGAUCAGUUAGUGGAUAUCCAAGAAGUUAUGAUUCCUUUAGAAACCGUAAAGGCUCCUGGUCGCAUGGAACUGAGCAGCAAAGCAGCAUUUAUCCAUCACAGGGAAGGUAUCUUGAAACGCUGUUUAAAUGCAUGGCAUCAAAUGGGGCUCUCAGGGCUCCUAGAAGAGAUGUCCAGUUCAGAGGAGGAAGUACCCCCCUUGCUGGUUCGCUUUUCUAGCUGGUCCCUUGCUGUUUGUCGCUUGGCUUCAGCUUUCCAUGGGUCAUUAUUUCCUCAUCUCACCAUGAAAAGUGAGGAUCUCACAGCAGAAUUUUCUCAGGCUCUUGACUGGGCUGGCUGCUCACUCCGUGCCUUUGCUUGGCAUCCACAUACCAACAAAUUUGCCCUGGCUCUUCUUGAUGAUUCCAUUCGGGUUUAUACUUCAGGAAGCCCGACUAUACCCACAUUAAAGCAUCGACUGCAGAAGGAUGUAGCUAGUAUGGCAUGGAAACCCCUCUGUGCAUCCAUCUUGGCUGUGGCUUGUCAAAGUUGUGUGCUGGUGUGGCAUGUAGACCCUACUUCUCUAUCCACAAGGCCUUCCUCUGGUUGCGCUCAGAUACUCUCACACCCAGGGCACAGUCCUGUCACCAGCGUGUGUUGGUCCCCUAGUGGUAGUGAGUUACUCUCUGCCUCUCCAGUAGACACUGCUAUGUUGGUUUGGGAUGUCCCCACAGAGAGCUGUGUGCCACUACAGAGAGUUGGUGGAGGAGGGGUGACCUUCCUUUCCUGGUCUCCAGAUGGCAGUAAAGUAUUGGCAGCAACACCAUCUGCUGUCUUUAGGGUUUGGGAAUCUCAGAUGUGGACAUGUGAGCGAUGGCCAACCCUGCAGGGUCGCUGCCAGACUGGAUGCUGGAGCCCAGAUGGCAGCCGCCUGCUUUUUGCAGUUAAGGGAGAAUCUGUGAUAUACAGUUUAUCCUUUACAGUCUGUAAUGGACAGAUGCAGGGCUGUGUUGGAGGGAGUCAGAGUGCAACCGUGGUUGCUGAUGUCUCAGAAACUAUAUUUGAGACCGAAAGUGGCGAUAUCAGAAUUGGGGGAGAGAUACACUCAAUGGCUUGGGAUCCAAGUGGAGAGAGACUUGCUGUCAUACUGAAAGGGAACUCUGAGAGUGAAUCGAACCUGACGUUGAUUGCAGUUUUCAGGACAAGAAAUAGCCCCAUUUUUGAGCUCCUCCCAUGUGGCUUCAUUCAUGGGAAGGAAGGAGAGACUCCACAACUUGUACAGUUUAACCAAUGCUUCAAGAAGGGGGCCUUGCUGUCUACGCUGUGGAGUUCUGGCCGUGUCUCACAUAUUCCUUUCUACUUUGUGAAUGCUCAGUUCCCACGUUUCAACCCAGAGACCAGCACCGUAUUAGCGGGUAACGCCAACAUCUCCAUCUCAACACCAACACUUUUCACAGAGUCGUGAUUUGCAGGGCGGAUAAUGAACUAUUGUCUUUGACUUGUUUUAACAAUCCAAACACAACACUACGCUGUAUACUGGUUCUUAAAAAGAUGCACAAAAUUUACGAGUCUCUGUGUAAAAUGUACCAUAACAAUUAUGGGUGAAGUGAAUUUGAUUACGGCGUGCCUGUUUAUUCAGUUGCUUAGGAAGACAUUUUUAGAAAUAUAUUUCAUUCUGAAGAGGUCUGUCCCUUGACCAAGUUCAAGUGGGAAAUACAUGUUGCCUAUCUAGUGUAUGGAUACUGGUUACAGUCUGCAGAGGCAGGGUUUAAAGGGCCCUUGCCAUGAAAAUAAAUACUUUGUAAAUAUA